AUUCGCGGGAAUUUUACUCGUACAGUAUUUCAGUCGGUUAUUUCUUUCACAGACCUCAGACUUCCACGCAAUACCGAUCCAUGGCCGACGCGCAACCCGUCUGAUUCUCUUGUUACAUCUUUCAUUGUAGCUAUGGCCUCGACCGCAGUGGCGACCGUGGUAGCGUCGCCUCAUCUCACCACCGAAUUCGUCGUCAAGCCUCUCGUGGUCCUACUUAGCUUCGCAUACCCGUUCUACGCCAGCUUCAAGGCUCUCGACUCGCAAUCGUCCGAGAACAAGGCGCAAUGGCUCACGUACUGGACCGUCCUGUCGUGCGUUAACUUCGUCGAAUCGAUCUUCUACUGGGUCCUCGCUUGGCUCCCCAUCUUCUUCUCCCUCAAGCUGCUCUUCGUUCUAUGGCUCCAACUGCCAAUGACAAAGGGCGCCAGCAUCAUCUACUGGAAGUUCCUGUACCCGCAAAUCAAGAAGCACGAGGAUAAGAUCGACAGCGCCGUGUCUGCUGGCCAGAAACGGGUUUUGAGAAUGAAGGACCAGUGGGCCAGCAUCCCUACCACCACGUCGUCAGCCACGGUGAGCAGCCGACCGUCAGCGGCGGAGAGAGUACUGCAGGAGAUGGAGGCUGGGGAUGUGGGGGAGAAGGGGGAAUAACAACACUUCUAAAGAAAUCUGAAAGUGUUGCAUGGUCUAGCAGCAGCCGAGUGUGGUAUACAGCUGGGGAGGAGAAUAUACGGUAGCGCCUCAGCCAAAGAUGUUGGUGUAUUAGUCGCCUUCUGCUAAGACACUGAGAUCCAUCAGCCAGUUCGUGGUACCGGUAUCGCUGUGCGAGUUGUGCCUUGCAAGUGCUCUGCAUCUAGAGUCAGUUCAGUACGUACUGGACUGGAUUGGAGGUUGCUUAAUAAUACCAGCCGGUACAGCCUGCCACUGCACGAGAACCCCCCGCUCGGUUAUGAAACCGGGGCCCAGGAACAAGUAG